AUGAGUUGUCGGGUGUUCCUGUGCCUCGUGCUCGCCAGUCACCUGGGAGAAGCAUUAGGUCGUGCCACACUGGGUGUGGUACACACCGAAGGCGGUUUUGUGGAAGGGACCAGGGAAAAUGAUGGGCUCAGGUCUGUGGAUAUCUUCAGAGGGAUUCCUUUUGCUGCCCCUCCGAAGAGGUUUGAGAAAGCUGAGCCACAUCCUGGCUGGAACGAUGUGCUGAAAACCAAAAAAUUCAAAGACAGAUGUUUGCAGACGACAUUGAGACAAACCGAUGUGCGUGGGAGUGAGGACUGCCUUUACCUGAAUAUCUGGAUUCCUCAGGGAAGUUCAGUGUCCACCAAUCUGCCUGUCAUGGUGUGGAUCUUCGGAGGUGGGUUCCUAGCUGGAGCCUCGCAGGGCGCUAACUUCCUGAGUAACUACCUGUAUGAUGGCUUUGAGAUCGCCACCCGCGGCCAAGUCAUAGUGGUGACUCUUAGCUACCGUGUGGGGCCCCUGGGAUUCCUGAGCACCGGAGACAGCAACUCACCCGGGAAUUACGGCCUCUGGGACCAGCACAUGGCCAUCGGUUGGGUGAAGAGAAACAUUGCAGCGUUUGGUGGGGAUCCAGAGAACAUCACUCUCUUUGGAGAAUCAGCAGGGGGCGCUAGUGUCUCCCUUCAGACAUUGACACCCUACAACAAAGGACUGAUAAAUCGAGCGAUUUCGCAGAGUGGAGUGGCACUAUGUCCCUGGUCGAUUCAGAGGAGCCCUCUGCAAUGGGCAGAGGAGGUUGCGCUGAAAGUUGGCUGCCCCGUAGACAACAAUGCUACCAUGAUGGCCUGCCUGAGGACCACCGACCCCAAAGCUAUCACGCUGGCGAUUCCACUGCCGUUUAUCAACUUAGAACAACCACUUGCGUACUACCUGAUCUGGUCUCCUGUCAUUGACGGUGACUUUAUUCCUGAUGACCCAAAGAACCUGUACCACAAUGCUGCCACCAUCGAUUACAUCGCCGGAGUCAACGACAUGGAUGGACAUAUCUUCGUAGGCUUUGAUGUUCACACAAUCAAUCAGCCUAAUUUGAUCGGAAAGACCUAUCCGGAGGACCUGUAUCAUCUCAUUGAAAGUUUCACUCUGGAGAAGGGAGAACAAGGAGCCAAUCUGACUUACGCUCAGUACACCAAGAGCUGGCCCUCCAAUCCAAACCAGGACACCAUCAAACAGACGGUGGUGAACCUGGAGACGGACAUACUCUUCCUGAUCCCCACUCAACUGGCAUUGGAGCUUCACUAUAAACAUGCUCAGGGAGCACGGACGUAUAGCUAUGUCUUUACCCACCCCUCCCGUGCUCCAAUAUUCCCCAGCUGGACAGGGGCUGACCAUGCCGAUGACCUGCAAUACGUCUUUGGAAAACCGUACGCGACUCCAUUGGCGUAUUGGCCCCGGGACAGGGACGUGACGGACUACUUCAUUGCCUACUGGACGAACUUUGCCUACACUGGUGAUCCCAGUAACGGCAACUCCAAAGUGCCCACUCCCUGGACUCGAUACAGCUCCAUGUCCACCCAUUACCUGGAUAUCAACAGUAAAGUGAACUUGGACUCAAUGAAGCAGAUGCUCCGCGCUGACUUUGUGCACUUCUGGAACCAGACGUACGUUGAGCUUUAA